AUGGCUUCCAAGAAGGAUACACUCUAUCCCAAAAUCUCUGGUAAGCCCAAAAACUUACUUGUGGAAUUCUCAAAGUACCAGAGAACCUCGAAGACUCGACGUGCUACACUCCCUGUCACCGGAACAGUAAAACUCCAUGGAACGCAUGGUGAUAUUCGCAUCACAGCAGACGACACUAUUUACGUACAAACUCGAAACUUGGAUAUUCUUACACCGGCUCUCGACAGCUUGAAAUUCCUUGAUUUGAUUCAGCCAGCUCGAACGGAAAUCCUUGCCCUAAAAAAGCAGUUCCAUGCUCGUUUCAUGAAGCUGAAUCCCAAAGCUAAGAUCAACGAUGAAGAUCCUCUCAUCAUCGCCGGCGAGUGGAUCGGCGCAAAGAUUCAGAAGGACGUGGCAGUCAGUGCAUUGCCAGACCGAUAUUUUGUCAUCAUUUCCGUUUCGAUCAACAACGAAUGGCAGCCGGAUGAACCAUAUUCAGAUAUCGAAAAUGAAUCUAUUAACAUUUUAAACAUCUCUCGGGGAGGAUUUUACCACGAAACCAUCGAGCUGAAGAACCCGGACCAAGCAUUCACAAAGAUGCAAGCUCUGGCCAAUGAGGUGGAGAAAGAGUGUCCUUUUGCGAAGACUUUUGGCCUCAUCGGCCUUGGUGAAGGCAUCGUCUGGAAACCUGCUGCGCCUCUUUGCCAUGAUGCAAAAUAUUGGCUCAAACUAAAGGGUCCAAUUUCCAUGGGAAUUGUAGAGGCUGGGCCGGCCGCCCGCAUGCCACAGCGAAGCAAUCUUAUCGUUCCUGUGUUUGCGGCUCCAACCCCUUCUCCUGCAGCAGCGAAGACAGCUAUACCAAAUCGAGAGAUAAGCAACGCGACAUUGCAACGAAAUAUCGUUGGUACACCGAUAUUCUCAGCGUCACCUUCCUCAUUUGCAGCGGGUAGAGCUUCCAGCAAGCCACUGGGCAACCCGCUUUCUUUAGAAGGUUUGAGUCCCAAAGAGUUUCCAUCGAUGUCAGCUCCGCCUUCUGUUGCCUUAAGCAAAACACUCAAUUGGACUAUAGGCACAACAAUACCACCCGAAGGUUCUGGCUUGAGAGAAUCUUCAAUAGCAUCUACAUCUAUACCACUGAGGAUUAAGAAGGCUGCAGGCGAAAGUUCGGAAGAUUACAGAUUUGAUGAAAAUGGUACUUCAUCGCCUUUGUUGCUUAGGCAGAUCAGCGACGUGCCAUCAGAAUUUCAAGGCUCUAGUUCAGGGUCAUUGGUAGCGGGAAAGACUGAGAAUAUGGAACCCCAAAGUCCGGGAACGAUCAGAACCGUUACACGUAUGCCAUUAGCAUCAGAGAAUGUCAACUAUAUUUCACCAGAGAAUGCAAGACUUCUCGAGACACUCAAAUCGGCGCCGGUGACACCUGAAAUGUUCAAACAGGUCAGAUCGGAGAUCAUGAGCCUUAUCCAAACGAGCAGCCCUGAGAAACUACCAAUUGUGUCCGAGAAGGAAAUCGAGCAUACGCCGGAAGUUUCCAAGUCUGAACAGAGCGUGAUCUCUUCUCCUGUUGCCCCCGAAGAAACCGCUUGUGAGUCAUCAGACGACGAUGGCCAGGAAGAAGGCGGCUGGCCUAUGCCAUCGUUCAGGAAGAAAACCCACAAGAAAAAAUCCGAGAACAUGUGUCUCGUUCCUGUGAUCACAGUCACCGAGGUGGUCGAAGCCAUCGAAUCAGAGCAUGUGCAGCUGGGGUCUGUGCCAUCGAAGGUUGGAGAUGACAAUGAAGAGUCAUCUGAAACUACCAAACCGGCUUGCCCACCACUGAUUCUCAAGAAAAUCGAGGGACCAGAGGUAAUAGCGGCCAGAAACUUUGCGAACGAAGUAAUUUGGGAGAGAAGAUUGGAGCAAGGAUGGCAAUAUCUUAUCGAGAAGGGAGAACGUACCGAGAGACAAAAUGCAGAAAAGUUGCUAGAUUGGUUAUGGGAAGACGUGGAGGUAGAGGAGGAAGUAGAGAUCGAGGAGCUUGACCUUAACGUGGCUCUCUUGAAGAAAGAGAUUUUUAAGAUCGGCAGAGAUUGGUUCUUCGAGCAUCUGGCUCUCGAGGAGCAGAAUGAAAACUGGGGUGUUGGAGCAGCGCGUUAA